AAACCAGUGGUUGAUUUCCACACAGGCACGCGCCACGUGCACCGCGACCUCAAGCCGGCGAACAUGCUGAUUAACCGGCGCGGCGAGCUCAAGAUCUCCGACUUCGGCAUCCCCGCGGCCCGCGCCGCGCCGCUCCACACGGUCAAGUCCUUCGUGGGCACAGUGACCUACAUGUCGCCGGAGCGCAUCGCCGGCGGCGAGUACGGCACGCCCGCCGACGUCUGGUCGCUGGGGCUC